UUUCUGCCCCCAAAAUGGACAUUUCUGGCCCCAAGGUUGACCUGAAGGGGCCCAAAGUGGACAUUUCUGGCCCCAAGGUGGACGUCGAUGUCCCGAGCGUGGACAUCGAAGGGCCGGAAGUGAAAGGAAAAGGUCUCAAGUUUAAAAUGCCCGAACUGAACGUUCAGACCCCAAAACUGUCCAUGCCAGACGUAGAUCUGGGGUUGAAGGUCCCAAAACUGAAGGGGGACGUGGCAAUUUCUGGCCCGAAGAUCUCCGGGGAUCUGAAGGGCCCCAAAAUAGAUGUGGAGGGUCCCAAGGUGGACGUGAAAGGCCCCAAAAUAGACGUGAAAGGUCCCAAGGUGGAUGUGGAAGUUCCCAGGAUGGACGUGGAAGGUCCCAAAGUGGAUGUUGAGAUGCCGGAGGUGGACUUGGAAUGCCCGGAAGGGAAGAUAAAAGGCCCCAAAUUUAAGAUGCCGAAACUGAACAUUAAGUCGCCCAAAAUCUCGGUGCCAGACGUGGAUUUGAACCUGAAGGGCCACAAAGUGAAGGGAGAGAUGGACGUUUCCCUCCCGAAGGUAGAAGGUGAGGUCAAGGGGCCCAAAAUCGACGUGGAGGUCCCGGACACAAACCUGGAGGGUCCGGAGGCCAAAGUGAAAAUGCCCAAAAUGAAACUGCCCCAUUUCCACAUGUCCGACCCCAAACUGGAGGGAGCCGAGGUCGAUGUGAACCUGCCCAAAGCAGAGCUGGAGGUGUCUGGGCCGGAGGUGGACGUUGAGGGGCCGGAGGUGGACGUGGGAGGCACGGAAGGCAAAUGGAAAGGUCCCAAAUUCCGGAUGCCGAAGCUGAACAUCAAAACGCCCAAAAUCUCGAUGCCGGACGUGGAUUUGAACCUGAAGGGCCCCAAAGUGAAAGGAGAGGUGGAUGUGGCAGCUCCCAAGGUCGAAGGGGACUGGAAAGGGCCAGAAAUGGAGGUGAAGGGGCCGAAGGUGGAUGUUGAGGUGCCCAACCUGGACGUGGAGGGUCCCGAGGGGAAGGUGAAGGGCCCCAAGUUCAAGAUGCCCGAGAUGCACAUCAAGGCCCAAAAGAUCUCCUUUCAAAGCCCUGAGGUGGAUGUGAAGCUGAAGAAACCCGAGGUGGAAGUGUCCGGUCCCAAAGUCGAGGUUCAGGCUCCCGAUUUGGACGUCCAGGCGAAAUCCAAAGGCUCCAAGUUCAAAAUGCCUUUCCUGAAUAUUUCCUCCCCCAAAGUGUCGAUGCCGGACGUGGAACUGAACCUGAAAGGGCACAAAAUGAAAGGGGAGUUGGACCUGUCCGGCCCCAAACUGGAAGGGGAACUGAAGGGCCCCGAGCUGGACAUCAAAGGCCCCAAGGUGGACAUCGAGGCCCCCGACGUGGACGUUCACGGCCCGGAGGGGAAAAUCAAAAUGCCCAAGUUCAAAAUGCCCAAAUUUGGGCUCAAGGGGGAGGGGCCAGAGGUGGACGUGAACCUGCCGGCGGGAGAGCUGGACGUGUCCGGUCCCAAGGUGGACAUUGAAGGUCCAGAGGUGGACGUUGAGCUGCCCGAGGGGAAGAUCAAAGGCCCCAAGUUCAAGAUGCCCGAGAUGAACAUCAAGGCCCCCAAAAUCUCGAUGCCUGACAUUGACCUGAACUUGAAGGGCCCCAAAGUGAAGGGGGACGUGGAUGUGUCCCUCCCCCAGGUGGAUCUAAAAGGACCCAAAGUGGACGUGGAAGUUCCCGACCUUGACGUCGAAGGGCCCAAAGGAAAAAUUAAAGGCCCCAAAUUUAAAAUGCCCGAGAUGAACAUCAAAGCCCCCAACUUGUCCAUGCCAGACCUGGACCUGAGCCUGAAAGGUCCCAAGCUGAAAGGGGGGGUGGACGUCGACCUGUCAGCGCCAAAACUCGAAGGCGACGUGAACGUGCCGGACAUCGACAUCAAAGGCCCCAAAGUGGACAUUGAGGGGCCAGAGGUGGACAUUGAAGGGCCUGAGGGGAAGAUCAAGGGCCCCAAGUUCAAGAUGCCCGAGAUGCACAUCAAGGCCCCCAAAAUCUCCAUGCCUGAUGUCGACUUCAACCUGAAGGGCCCCAAAAUGAAGGGGGAUGUGGAUGUUUCUCUUCCCAAACUGGAAGGUGACCUGAAGGGCCCUGAACUGGACAUCAAGGGCCCCAAGGUGGACAUUGAUGCCCCUGAUGUGGACAUUCACGGCCCAGAGGCGAGGUUCAAGAUGCCCAAGUUCAAGAUGCCCAAGUUUGGGAUGCCCGGGGUCAAGGCUGAAGGCCCCGAGGUGGACGUGACCCUGCCGACAGGAAACCUGGAUGUGUCCGGUCCCAAGGUGGACAUUGAAGGUCCAGAGGUGGACGUUGAGCUGCCCGAGGGGAAGAUCAAAGGCCCCAAGUUCAAGAUGCCCGAGAUGAACAUCAAGGCCCCCAAAAUCUCGAUGCCUGACAUUGACCUGAACUUGAAGGGCCCCAAAGUGAAGGGGGACGUGGAUGUGUCCCUCCCCCAGGUGGAUCUAAAAGGACCCAAAGUGGACGUGGAAGUUCCCGACCUUGACGUCGAAGGGCCCAAAGGAAAAAUUAAAGGCCCCAAAUUUAAAAUGCCCGAGAUGAACAUCAAAGCCCCCAACUUGUCCAUGCCAGACCUGGACCUGAGCCUGAAAGGUCCCAAGCUGAAAGGGGGGGUGGACGUCGACCUGUCAGCGCCAAAACUCGAAGGCGACGUGAACGUGCCGGACAUCGACAUCAAAGGCCCCAAAGUGGACAUUGAGGGGCCAGAGGUGGACAUUGAAGGGCCUGAGGGGAAGAUCAAGGGCCCCAAGUUCAAGAUGCCCGAGAUGCACAUCAAGGCCCCCAAAAUCUCGAUGCCUGACCUGGAUCUGAACCUGAAGGGCCCCAAAGUGAAGGGGGAUGUGGACGUGUCACUGCCAGGAGUCGAAGGAGAACUGAAGGGUCCCGAGGUCAGUGUCGCCGCCCCCGACGUCCACAUCGACAGCCCGGAGGGCAAAUUCAAACUCCCCAAAUUCAAGAUGCCCAAGUUUUCCAUGCCUGGAUUUAAAGGGGAGGGGCCAGAGGUGGACGUGAUCCUCCCGAAGGGCGACAUCAACAUUUCGGGCCCCGGCGUGGACGUGGAGGCUCCUGAUCUGAGCGCGGGCGGGAAAGUCAAAGGUCCCAAAUUCUCCAUGCCCGAGAUGCACAUCAAGGCCCCCAAAAUCUCCAUGCCCGACGUCGACUUCAACAUCAAAGGGCCCCACCUAAAAGGAGACAUCGACGUGUCGGCCCCCAGGCUGGAGGGGGACCUCCAAGCCCCCCAGAUCGACGUGAAAGGCCCCAAAAUCGACGUUGAGGCUCCCGAUGUGACCCUGGAAGGGCCCGAAGGGAAACUCAAAGGCCCCAAGUUCAAGAUGCCCGAGAUGAACAUCAAGGCCCCCAAGUUCUCCAUGCCUGAUGUUGACUUCAACCUGAAGGGCCCCAAGGUCAAGGGUGACGUGGGCGUGGCGGCGCCAGCGCUGGAGGGGAACCUGCAGUGCCCAGACCUCGACAUCAAAGGCCCCAAACUGGACAUUCAGGCCCCAGCGGUGACCGUGGAAGGGCCCAAGAUCAAGAUGCCCGAAAUGCACGUCAAGACCCCCCAGAUCUCCAUGCCUGACAUCGACUUGAACUUGAAGGGCUUGAAGGGCAAAGCUGAUGCUGAAUUCCACGGCCCGAAGCUCGAGGGGGGUCUGAAGGGCCCCGAGGUCGAUAUCAAGGGGCCCAAAGUCGACAUCGAGGGCCCGGCGGUCGACGUCGACGGUCUGGAGGGAAAAGUGAAGCUGCCCAAAAUGAAAAUACCCAAAUUCGGCUUCAAAGGGGAAGGUCCCGACGUGGACGUGAACCUGCCGAAGGCCGAGGUGGAGCUUUCGGGCCCCAAGGUGGACCUCGACGUCCCAGAGGUGAACCUGGAGGGGCCAGAGGGCAAAGUGAAAGGUCCUAAGCUGAAAAUGCCCGAAAUGCACGUGAACGUCCCCAAAAUCUCCAUGCCCGAGAUAGACUUGAGCUUGAAAGGCCACAAAACCAAGGGGGGCUUUGACCUUUCGGCCCCGAAGGUGGAAGGUCACCUGAAAGGGCCUGAGGUCGACCUGAAAGGCCCAGAAUUUGGGGUCAAAGGCCCCGAAGUCGACGUCGAAUGUCCGGACCUGAGCGUCGAGGGCCCCGAGGCCAACGUCAAACUUCCCAAGUUCAAGAAGUCCAAGUUUGGGUUCGGGAUGAAAAGCCCAAAGGCCGAAGUGGAUUUACCUGAGGCGGAGCUGAGCCUGGAGUCACCCGAUGUCAACCUGUCCGGAAAGGGCAAGAAGAGCAAAUUCAAGAUGCCCAAAAUCCACAUGAGUGGCCCCAAAGUGAAAGGGAAGAAGGGGGCGUUCGACGUGAACGCGGCCGGGGCGGAGCUGGACGCGGAUCUCAGCGUCGCCGGCCCCGACGUGACCGUCAAAGGCGACGCCGCCGUGAAGUCCCCCAAGGGGAAGAAACCCAUGUUCGGCAAAAUCUCCUUCCCGGACGUCGAGUUCGACCUGAAAUCGCACCGGUUUCGAGGGGAGGCGUCCGCGGGGGUCCCGAAAAUCGAGGGGGAGCUCAAAGCGCCGGAUCUGGAAGUUUCCGUGCCCGCGGUCAAAGGGGACGUCAAGGGGCCGAGUCUCAGCGUGGACCUUGAAGCUCCCGACGUGAACCUGAAGUCCCCGAAGCUCAAACUCCCUGGGGGGCAGGUGGGUGUGGGGGACGGGAAA